AUGCGCUCCUUCAAGAAGAGUCUGGGCCUUAAAGGCAGCAAGGACUCGACAUCGAGCAAGACGAAGGAUCCGAAGCCGACCUCGUCGACACCACCGCCGGACACAUCCAAGCCACUGCCGCAGCCUGCAGCGCCGUCCAAGGGCGGGCUCGCUGGGCUGGCGACGAACAACUCGAGCAGCCAGUCGCUUCCUUCCUCCCAGACGUCCACCUCAUCCAGCCGCUCUGCCACAGGUCCACCCAAUAAUCAGCCAAACAAAUACGCUGCCGCCGGCAACCCUCCGCCGUCGACGACGCCCCCGCUCGUCGUCGUCCACCCCGAUGCAUCCGACCCCGCUCGCCAGUCCGGCUUUGGCUCCCCAGAACGCUCCUCCCUCGGCCUCGACGGCCCGGCUGGCCCCCCACUGAUCCCAGCCCGUGCCAACACACUCAACCGUUUGCGGACAGGGCCAAAGGAUGCCAUCACCAUGGUCGGCAAGCCGCCGCGCAAGCAGCGGAGCAGUCGGUUCGUCGUCAACGAAAAGGUGGAGAUCGAGCGCCUCCCGCCGUUCAUGGAAACACCCCCCAGCGAACGGCCCCAGCUCUUCGUCCGCAAGCUCCACCAAUGUCACGUCCUCUUCGACUUUAACGACGCCAGCUCGGACCUCAAGGGCAAGCAGAUCAAGGCGCAGACCUUGCACGAAAUGCUCGAAUACAUCACUAACCAGCGCGGUGUCAUCACCGAGAAUAUAUACCCCGAGGUGGUCAAGAUGUUUGCGACCAACCUUUUCCGCUCCAUACCCCCGCCUGUGAACCCCGCAGGCGAUGCCUUCGAUCCCGAAGAGGACGAGCCCGUGUUAGAACUUGCCUGGCCACACCUCAAGAUCGUCUACGAGUUCUUCCUCCGCUUUGUCGAGUCCCCCGACUUCAACACCAAUCUCGCGAAGCGGUACAUCGACCAGUCAUUCGUGCUUAACUUGCUCGAGCUCUUCGACUCGGAAGACCCGCGUGAGCGCGACUUUCUCAAGACGACGCUGCACCGGAUCUACGGCAAGUUCCUCAACUUGCGCGCUCCGAUUAGGCGCUCGAUCAACAACGUCUUCUUCCAUUUCGUUUACGAGACCGAGCGACACAACGGUAUCGCGGAGUUGCUGGAGAUCCUCGGGUCCAUCAUCAAUGGCUUCGCGCUUCCAUUGAAGGAGGAGCACAAGAUCUUCCUUAUGCGCGUGCUCAUCCCGCUGCACAAGGUCAAGAGCCUGUCGAUGUACCACCCGCAGCUCGCAUACUGCGUUGUCCAGUUCCUCGAGAAGGACGGUUCGCUUGCGGAAGAGGUUAUCCUCGGUCUGCUGCGAUACUGGCCCAAGGUCAACUCGCCGAAGGAGGUCAUGUUCCUAUCCGAAGUCGAGGAGAUACUCGACGUGAUCGACUCGAACGAGUUCCAGAAGAUCCAGGUGCCGCUGUUCCAGCAGCUUGCAAGGUGCAUCAAUAGCCAGCACUUCCAGGUUGCCGAGCGCGCGUUGUAUUACUGGAACAACGAGUACAUCGUGAACCUCAUGAGCGCAAACAUGCCUGUCGUCCUACCGAUUGUCUUCCCGGCAUUAUUCACCAACUCAAAAUCGCAUUGGAAUAGGACAAUCCACGGAAUGGUGUACAACGCAUUGAAGUUGUUCAUGGAGAUCAACCCCGACCUCUUCGAAGAGACGAUGCAGCAGUACAAGCAGGCGAAGAUCGAGGAGCGACAUCAUGCGGUCCAGCGGUACGAGACCUGGAAGCGUCUGCGCGAGACCGCGAGGACAAAUGCAAACGGUUCAUUGCCCGAGGGCUUCGACAAAGACGAGCCCGAGGCGCCUCCGCCCGCACCAGCCGACGACGCCGACAUCCUCGACCUCGCACUCGACCUGAACGCCGUCUCCAUCGAAGGCGAGAUCCCGCACGAGUGGGACGACAACCACGGAGUCGAGCGUGUACCCGCCGCGGACCCCGGUCUCGACAACGCUAUGCCCGACAUAGAUCAACAACCACUCUCUGGCCCAGGCGGUCCACACGUGAGGAGGAAAAGCGUGCUGCCGGUCGAUCCGUCGGUCUUGCAGGACUUGCAGACGCACCGGCCUUUGGAUCUCAACGGGACGCGCUGA